GGAGCUGCGCCGCAGCUGCCUGGGCGCGACGAGGAAGUGCAGGCCUUUGCUCCUAGGGGCCCUCGGAUGGCGCUGCGAAGAACGAUCCCGGCGAAGCCCGCAGCCACAGCCCGCCGCACCUGCCGAGGCCCCAAGCGGCCCCGGCUAGAGUCCCUGCGGGUCCCGGAGCUCCAGCCACCUCCGCUCCCCACCCAGGCCUAGUCCUCGCCCCCCGGCUAGGCCCGCCGCGCUCCCUCCCCACAAACCCGGCCCGAUGCCCUCGGCCCCCUCCCUCAAAGGCCCGCGCCUCCCGCCGCCCGCCAACUCCGGCUACCCCAAACUCAACCGACCCCCUCCCCGCCUCAGCGCCGUCCCCGAGCCCUCUUCCGGCCCAGCCGGCCCUCGGCCGCGCGCCCCCGUUACCGGGAAUAUGGCGGCGGCGGCGGCGAGUCCGGACUAGGCCCGAAGCGCGCGAACCGCUCUCUGCCCCAGGUCCCCCGCCGCCGGCGUCACACGCACAGUCACUUCCGCCAUACGCGAGGACGCAUCUUCCGGCUCAGGUCCUCAGAGCCGAUGUCUGCGGAACUGGUGCCCGGAAGUUCCCGGAAGUGGCCGGGCCUCAGGCUUCUGAUGCGGGUCGGGUAAAAUGGCGGUGGCCGCUGUGUUCCCGGCCCUUGCGCGGAUGCUUGCUCUGUCAAGGCGCCACCUAGUGUCUCCUUCACUCAGAGUGACAUCAUUCAGACGCUGCUACAGAGGUGACAGCCCGACAGAUUCCCAGAAGGACAUGAUUGAAAUCCCUUUGCCUCCAUGGCGGGAGCGAACUGAUGAAUCCAUAGAAACCAAAAGAGCCCGACUGCUCUAUGAGAGCAGAAAGAGGGGAAUGCUGGAAAACUGCAUCCUACUUAGCCUCUUUGCUAAGGCACAUCUGCACCACAUGACAGAGAAACAACUGAACCUCUACGAUCGCCUGAUUAAUGAACCCAGUAAUGACUGGGAUAUUUACUACUGGGCUACAGAAGCAAAACCAGCCCCAGAAAUAUUUGAAAACGAAGUCAUGGCCCUGCUGAGAGACUUUGCUAAGAACAAAAACAGAGAGCAGCGACUGCGGGCCCCAGAUCUCGAAUACCUCUUUGAAAAGCCACACUGAGCUGAGCGCCACUGCCUGCCUGGCCUCGGUCUGCGGAUGCUCACUGCUUAUGAUGGGUAUUGGCCUUGAUGUCCUGCUUCUCCUUAGACGCUCAGCCCACCCAGACCGUUGGUCCUGCCUCCAGUGAUGGACCCGCCUCUCUCCUGAGGACGUGUAAAUGUUCAGUGUAUCUCAUUCUAAGACCUUGUGGUUCCGUUCUAAGCCUCAAAGCAGUUUGUCUAAGUUACUGAUGUUUGGGCCCGACUUUUCUCUGGCUCCACGGGAGGGCGCUGUAGGGGAAGUGAUUGUGCCAGCUUGUUGCUUCAGCCAGAAGUGAGCUCAGUGCAGAGGGGCAGCCGGCUCUUCGUGCUGUGUGGAAAGCUCCCCGGGUGACCCAGGGCUUUGUUCCAGUGAAAUUCCCCCUUCCAACCUGGGAUGGUUCUUUCUGCCAAGGGAGGCUGAUCCAAGCCCCCCGAGCGGAAUCCUUCAAAGGCCCAGCAGGCAGAAUGAGGGCAGCGGGCUGGAAUGGUGUGGGCGUGCUCCUUAAGAGUCAGCAUCCUCAUCAGAUUUCUCUAAAAUGCUCACUUUGUGAAUUGAACGAUAAUUGAAUAUUAAAGAGUAUUUUACAAAGGAAAUCACAACUCCCCAGCCCUCACACAAUUAUUUUAAUUUUGUCUCUUAUGUAAUCCACAGGCAUACGUUUAUAGAGCUUUACAAGGUCACAGUCGUAGGUUUUAUCUUCAUGCAGCACUAUAGCAAAUAUUUUCUAUAUUUCUACAGUCUCCAGGAUCGUUUUAGUUGACAAACUAAUAAUGCAUAAGAAAUAAUAUGUUAGGAUGAAUUAGCUGAAAGUGUUUAGCUCUAGGACUAGAAGAUUUCGACAUUGCCGGGAGGGUAGUCUCACUGGAGGAAUUUUCCCCUAGGAGCUGUAAUCCAGUCAGAACGGCCAUCGCCCAGACUGGGCCAGGACCAUUAAAGGUGCGAUCGGAGGAAAGCAGGCCAGAAUUGCUAGGCGGGCAGUUCGUGAGCACAAGAGCUGCACGCAGGCAGGAGGUACACGUUUCCAGCAUUAUUGAGCUUCGGGGUUCCCACGGAGCUUCCUCAUGAUCCUGCCUGCCCCUCAGUGUCCCUGGCUGAGGAGAGAAGAGGAGAGAACCAGCCUUUAUUUACUUACAUGAUCUCAGUAGAGCUUCACAACUCUCCUGCAGACAAGUGGUGUCACACCUAUUUUGUAGAUGAGAAAGUGGGCUCAGAGAGAGAGAUUUGUCCAAGAUUAAGUCGCUACUCGGUCAGAAAGCCAGAAUCUUGCUUAGUUCAGUCUGUCUCCAAAGCUCAUGAACUUUCUGCCAGAACAUGCUACCUUACUGGUGGAAACUGUGUAGAAAUCGAUGCUUUGAGAAGUUAUAGUAAAGAAACUUGACGGUU